AUGGAGAACUCUACCCAAGAAUCCCACCUCAAAUCCGAACAUUCCGUCACCUAUGACUCCACCUACCCUAUCUACGCCAUGGCCUUCUCUUCCUCCGCCCCCAACAACCACCACCGCCUCGCCCUGGGCAGCUUCAUCGAAGAAUACAACAACCGCGUGGACGUUGCGGAAAAGCCGCCGGCGACCUCCUGGCCUCGUCCGGCGACUACCUCCGACUAUGGGGAGGUUCGCGAAAGCUCCAUCGACGCCGUCUCUAUCCUCAAUAACAGCAAAACCAGCGAGUUCUGCGCACCUCUGACCUCAUUCGACUGGAACGAGGUCGAGCCCCGCAGGAUCGGCACCUCCAGCAUCGACACAACCUGCACAAUUUGGGAUAUCGAACGAGGAGCCGUCGAGACCCAGUUGAUUGCUCACGACAAAGAAGUCUAUGACAUCGCCUGGGGCGAAGCAGGGGUGUUCGCCUCUGUCUCGGCAGACGGGUCGGUUCGUAUUUUCGAUCUGCGAGACAAGGAGCACUCCACGAUCAUCUAUGAGAGUCCUCAGCCCGACACGCCUCUUUUGAGAUUGGCUUGGAACAAGCAGGAUUUGAGGUACAUGGCGACGAUUUUAAUGGACUGCAAUAAGGUUGUAAUAUUGGAUAUUAGGUCGCCGACGAUACCAGUGGCGGAGCUGGAGAGGCAUCGGGCUAGUGUGAACGCAAUUGCGUGGGCGCCGCAGAGUUCCCGGCAUAUUUGCUCAGCGGGAGACGAUUCGCAGGCUCUGAUUUGGGAGUUGCCCACGGUUGCUGGACCCAAUGGGAUUGACCCAAUGUCCAUGUACUCUGCUGGAUCGGAGAUUAACCAGCUCCAAUGGUCGGCGACUCUGCCUGAUUGGAUUGGGAUUGCCUGUUCUAACAAAGUGCAGCUCUUGAGAGUUUGA